AUGAUACUGUUCAACACAAAUUUCCACCCAAAAACACCAUAUUCCAUCUUUGAACUUACAAUUUCCAUUAUUGCAUAUAUAUUUUUACACUACUUACACCGUGUAGGUACCGUGAAUCAUGAUCGUGGCAUGGAAGGCAUGGCAUCAACAUCGCAAUCAACCAAUGGAACGUUUGGGAUGCACCACCACAGGAUGAUGAUGAUGCAUAUGACCUUCUUUUGGGGCAACAUUGCCGAGAUCCUCUUCUCCCUUUGCCUCGGCCGUCACGGUGUUGGUAUGUACACAUUAGCCUUGAUAUUCAUGUUCAUGCUCGCGUUCCUCAUCGAAUGGCUCUCGCAUUGUCAACGGAUCAAGCCAGGGACAAGCAAUAAUAUCUUGGCCGGUGUGGUGCAAACGUUGUUGCAUGCCAUUAGGGUUGGUCUUGCUUAUCUGGUAAUGCUUUCUAUCCUGUCUUUUAAUGGUGGUGCGUUUCUAAUGGCGGUUGCCUGUCAUACGUUGGGAUUUUUAUUGUUUGGUAGUAGGAUUUUCAAGAAAAAUACUGAAACGUUGUUUGAUGUUAAUACAUCUGAUCCUCCUCCCAUGAGUUGUUGAUUAA